AUGGCUUGUGCGCGUGUGAUGUCUUCGCCUGGCUUAUUGGCUCUUAUAAUCAACGAGUUUGAGCGCAACGAUCUCCCUGUACCUGCUCUCGUAUGUAGACGCUGGUCUUCGAUUGCACGGGAUGCGAUAUGGAGACAUAUCGAGAACCCGCUGGAGCUCUUUUCGCUACUUGCGCCCUUGGAGACCGUCGAGGGCAGACUGGAGUUUCAACGUACUCCGUCGUAUCUCGACUGGCAACGGUUUCAACCGCUGGCACGCCGAGUGCGAUCCUUCACAGCAACAUUGCAUGCUUCAUCGUCAGACACCAAUAUCGCGCAUCUACUUCAUGUCUUGAAAUCAACAUGUCCUUACGAAUCUAUCUUCCCUCAUUUAGAGGAGUUGGUCUGGCACAAUCACGACGAGCCCGAUGGGUACCCAGAGCUCAUCUGCGUUUUCCUGACCGCCACGGUCAAGAGUCUCAAGAUCUUCACUCCCACUGGCAGCUCCAGGUACUCUGUUGAGAUUCUAUCCGAGGACGUAGCGGGAAGAUGUCCCAAUCUAGAAUCGCUUCACAUCGAGCCCGUGAAUCAUGCUUACGCAACCACGCUCGAGCCCGCCCUCAUCCAGCUCAUCCAACGGCUCCCCUUGAAAUCGAUUCGCUUGCCAUUGUACUUCCUGACUCCUCGAGUCCUGGCAGCCACGUCAGACUGUAAGGACCUGCAAGUCAUUGAAGUUGGCGUCAAUCGCAGCGACCAGAGUCAUAACUGGAGCUACGCUCGCGGGUUCCCGGACGUACUGCUGCACGCCUUGUCGUCCAGCUCUCUACAGUCCUUGGGACUCGCCAUCCCGCUCAUGGAGAUGAACGCUCUGCUCGUGCGCGACCCGUCGCAUUUGCGGUUCAUUCAUCGGCUUUCCGUCCGUGCCGUCGGCAUGACAAAGCGCGACGUGAUGCGUCUGUUCUGCGAGACUAUAUCCAAGAGAUGCACGCAUCUACGCGAGCUCCUGCUCGUCACAAACAGACCCAGUCGAGAAACCAGACACAGCCGCUGGGAGAAGACGCCGGGGUCGGAGGCAAUCACGCUCGAGACCCUCUUACCUUUAAGCGAGCUGGGCACAUUGACGUACCUCGAACUCAGCCACGAGCAUCCUGUUCUUUUGACAGACGAGGAACUGCUCGCGUUGGUUACACCGCUACCUCGACUGGAGGUGCUGCUCAUGAACGAAUGUCCAGCGAACUUGACCAAGCCAAAUCUGACAAUGAACUGCCUCCCUCAUUUGGCACGAGCCCUGCCGAACCUGAGGGAGCUGGGCGUCUGUCUUGACCUUUCUGAGCGUGUCCCCGAUGGUCCAUCGCCAAAUCGCUUCCAAUCGCUCAAGUUGCUCUGCCCCCAUUUCUCGCCAGUGAAGAAAGGCCACGAAGAAGACGUGGCGCUCUUCAUCUCAACCCUUCUUCCACUCCGAGGAGGGAUUGAAGACGCGGACGCCGAAGACCGUCCGGAUCGUUCCUUCGAUGUGAUCCUAACGCAACCUCCGACGGCGGGAGUUUGGAGGAAGAUACGAGGGCAUGUUGACUUGAUCAUGAGGGGCAGGGAGUGGAAUGCGUGA